UUGCAUGCGCAUAUGCUUAUUUUUAUGGACCAUUUUUACUAGUCAUUUUUGUCACCAGCAUGUAGGGGGGUGAGAAGCAAUGGGAAAAUUGGUCAGUCUUGCUUAUCUCUUAUUUUGUGGAACACUGCUGGUGUACUGUGCCAUGCCAGGACCAUCUCCUCACCUGUCUUGGCCCCGCCCACCCCUGUGGCCACAGGACUUUCCCGUCCAUAUUUUGAGGUUUCUGCACCUCCCUGCUUUGUGCCCUUCACUGCCACUGCCCCUUGUGUUGUUGGACAUGGCUGAUAGGCCUGGCAGGCUGUUAGAAUCAGUCAGGUGUCCCUGCAUGGCCUUUCCGGGUCCUCCAGGACAGAGCUGUGCAGGCCUAUAAGCAGAUUUUGUGGCCAUAAAUGUGGCAGGGGCAACAGGUGGGACCUCUUACCAGAGAUGGUGGAGGGCCUGGCUGCCUUCUGCUGCCGACCCAGCACUGACAGCUCGUGGCCUGGGCUUGGACAGGAUGGCCCAUGGGAAACUCUUUGGAAAAGGCCUGUUGUACAAAGGCUAUGGAUUCUGAAUCAAAGAACAGUUUCAUAGGAAGCUUUCUUCAGCCACCAGAUCAGAUGUUUCCUGCAGCCUUUGCUUAUACAGAAUCAAAGAAGUUGGCAGCUGUUUCUGGUGACAGGCCUUCUAUCCCAAAUAACCAGGCUGUAGUAGCAGCCCUGAAAACUCUUCAAGAAAAGAUCCACCGUCUAGAGCUGGAGAAGUCACAGGCUGAAGCUGAUCUGUGCAGCCUCUCCAGAGCAGCUGCUCAGUAUAAGAAGGCCUUAGAACAUGAAUCCAGUGAGAAGGACACAGCACAUCAAGAACUGAUGCAACAGAGGAAAGAUGCAAGUGAGCAGUUAAAUGCAACACAGUCCCGCUGCUCCCUGCUGGAGAAACAGCUGGAUUACAUGAAGAAAAUGGUUUCCAGUGUGGAACUGGAAAAGAAAAUUAUUUUAGAACAACAGGCCCAGCUGCGGAAAGAGGAGGAUCAGAACUGGCUGGAACUGCAUGCAAAACUUGAAAAGCUUGAAAUACUAGAAAAAGAGUGUCUUCAACUUACUGCUACUCAGAGAAUUGCCGAAGACAAGAUCAAACACUUAGAAGAAAAGAUUUGUAAGGAAGACCAUCAGCGCAAGCUAAUACAAGAUAAAAGUUCUCAGCUUCAAACAGGAUUUCAUAUAAACAGAAUUUUGAUGUCUUCAGCAACAUCUCAACAUGAACCUGAAAAUGAAAAUGGGAAGAAGAAAAAACCUAAGAAGACAAAUCCUACAAUGAAGAAAAUGCACCUUUCACAAUUACAUGUAAAGGCUGGUGAACUACCUUUUGUGGCUGGGAAGUCCGUCAGCUCCAGCCAUUCUGUCAGUGCAAACAUACAAAGUGUGUUGCAUAUUAUGAAGCAUCGCAAUCCAUGUAUCUCAUCACAAAGAAAAAGAGGAGCUACGUCUGGGAUUUGCAGACACAGUGCCCUUUCAAAGUAUGUAUCAUCGUGUUCCACGUCACCUACUGCCACCAGAAGUCUUUCAGACCUUCUGCUGGCCACACAAGAUGAGCUGGGCCAAAUGAGCUUUGAGCAUCAAGAACUUCUGAAACAGAUACAGGAGACUCAAGAUUCCAGAGUUCAUGAAGGCCUGGAACAGGAGCUGGAUUGCCUUGUAAAACAAAUGGAGAUUAAAGGAGAACAAAUAUCCAAGCUGAUAAAGCAUGAAGCUGCUGUGCGGAAAUUAAAGAGAAAAACUCAGAAAUUGAAGCAAAGAGCAACUCAUGUCAAACUAAAGUGUGGUGACCAAAAGGAAGCAACAGAGAUUGCAGUCACUCUAAAGGAAAGUAAGUCUAAAUCUUGUCCUGGGCAGAAAAGCAGAAGCUCUCUUCAGCUGCUAAAAACUGUGAGGAAACUUCAGUCAUCUCUGAAAAAAGAUGAUGUCAUCUGAGAAUAAUAGUUCUGAAGUUUGCUAUAUUAGUUUUUGAAGUUGUCUGACAUUUAACAAAUUUUUAAUUGCACAAAAUACCUUUUAAAAAUAAAAUAGAUACAGUAUAGAUGUAGAUAUACAUUCUAAACUGCUUAUUCUCAAUUUGUUCACCUCAGAAUUAACUUUCAUGUAGGGUAGCUAUAACUGGAUUACACUUUCUUGUAAUAAAGUGUUUUAAUGGACUAAUUAAAUGCUUUUUUAUUAACUUGUCAAAUAAAAUUUUAUACCAUUUUUACCCCUAAAAUAGAGUGCGAUCUUUGGUGUCCUGUUUCUCCCUCUGCCAAGGAGAUACUUAGAGUUUGCUUUUCCAGAAUAACUAGGACUAGUUCUUCUAUGCAAUCAAAAACAAUGGGUUUCCUUUUCUCUAGUAACUGAAGAUUCAGGUCAUUGCAACUGAGGCAGAAGAAGACAUAUCGUCUCUUAUUUAUAUAUAUUUUCCUUAUUAUUAAUAUUAUUACUCUAUAAGCUUUAUUGACAGUCUUAGGGACAGCUGGGGUCUGGAAGCACAACCCAUGACGUGGUUUAGCC